AUGACAACACCACAACCAACAGGGCUUCGCAAGUUCCUGAAAUACGACACCCUGGACCUAUCUCGCAUAGUAUCGUCCAAUAUUGUCGAUGCCCGCACUUUGUUAAUCAUCCGUGCGAUUGUGGCAUUGCAUCUUGUGGCCGUGUUUAUUGCGACGCUCUAUGUCUCUGCGAGGGAUGAGGUCUUUUAUAUGGUCCCGACUACUUUCACCAACCUCAGUAACAUGGGUCUCACUGCUUACUAUUUGCACUGGUUCCUCACCUCAGCCCUCUCACUCCUCUACGCCUCCGUCGUCGUCUUCCACAUCGUCGUCCCCGCCAUUUACUGGGGCAUGCUCUUUGACCCCAACAACACCAUGGACACCCUCAACAAAUACGUCGACUUCUCUCAUCAUGGUGCAGACCUUGCCUGUAUUUUGAUCGAGAUAGUGUUUAAUCGGAUGGAGUUGCCCUGGAUCGCUAUCUUGGGUCCUCUGUUGAUGAUUAUCUUGUAUAUGCUCCUUGCUUGGGUAUACUUUGCAGCUCGUGGAGAAUGGCUGUACGGGUUCUUGGACUGGUCCAAGGGUCCUGUCGCGGCCGGAUGGUACAUUGGUCUCCUCGCCGUCUUUGCCCUUCUCUUCGUCCUUCAGAAAUACAUCCACCAGGGUCGUGAUUCAGCCUUGAAGGGUCGUCGCGCCGUCGUUGCUGCCCAGGACGGAACUGGCGCCUUCGAGAAGAACCAGCAACAAAACAAUGCUGCUGUGGCUGAUGAGGAGGCUAGUCUUGCUGGUAAUGGACACGUCCACGAUGUGAAGGCUGUAGGGGGAGGAGAUAAGACCGAACUGGAGGAUAUUCCUCUGGAGGAUACCAAGAUGGAGGUCCCUGAGGUGACAAUUGCGGUCUCUAAGCAGGAGCUCGACGCCUAA